AUGCCUGCUUCCAAGACCGCCACGCUCGGCUUUGGAGAGACCACUGUGACGAUUGGGCGCAUUGGGCACGGUCUGAUGAACAUGAGCAUCCGCGACCCAUCUGAUAUUCUUCCCGACGAGACCGCCUUCGCUGCGAUCAAGGCCGGAAUCGGCGCCUUGCCUGAGGGAGCCCAGAUGCACCUCAAUACCGGCGAAUUCUACGGCAAUGGCUUCGGCAUCGCCAACCUCGAGCUCGUCGCUCGCUUCUUCGCCAAGUACCCUGAGUACGCCCCCCGCUCCUUCCUCUCCGUCAAGGGCGGCAUGCUUCCCAACUCGGUCAAGGCCGACGGCUCCCCCGAGAACCUGCGUCGCAGCGCGACGACGACGCUCGCGCCCGGCGGAAAGAAGAUGGACCUGUUCCAGAUGGCGCGCGUGCCGACAAACGUGUCGUUCGAGGAAGCGUUCGGAACCCUGGUCGCGCUCAAGACCGAGGGCUACUUCACGCACAUCGGCAUGUCCGAGUGCAGCGCCGGGACGCUGCGCAAGGCCCACGCCAUCCACCCGGUCUCGGUCGUCGAGAUCGAGGUCAGCGCGUGGUCGUACGAGGACGAGACGAAGAAGGUGAUCGCCGCCGCGCAAGAGCUCGGGAUCGUACUCGUAUGUCCCAUCCGCGUCUCUCCUCACCCUGUUCCGCUCGGCCGCGGCCUGCUCUCCGGCACGAUCAAGAGUCUCGACGAUAUCCCCGCCGGAGACUACCGCCGGAAGCUUACGCGCUUCCAGGAGGAGGCCUUCGCGCACAACGCCGAGAUCGCGGAGGCCUUCGGCGCGGUCGCCGUGCGCAAGGGCGUCACCGCGUCGCAGCUCGCGCUCGCGUGGGUGCUCUGCCUCGGGCCGCACAUGGUGCCCAUCCACGGAACUUCGUCGGCGACGCGCCACCUCGGGAACAUCGCUGCGGCGGACGUCGAACUGACCGGUGAGGACCUCGCGGAGAUCAGAAAGGUUCUCGAGAAGGGCGUCAAGGGGAGCCGCAUCAUGGACGGUGUGCCGGCCGAGAAGCUCCGCUUGUGGGCGUGA